AAGUGCUAAUAACAAAUAACAUCUUAAUUAAACACGUAAAGACUGUAGAAAGAUAUUUUAAAUACAAUGGAUAAUAACACAGAACUAAAAGGAAACGAUAAUCCAAUAGCAACUAACGAUGAUGGAUCCAACUUACGACCAGAUUUAGUAAUCAGUGUGCAACCUCCAUUACUUGGAAACAUAAGGGCUCAACUUCCCGUGUCAACAGUAGACUGGAGAUCUAACAACCAGGGUCAGUUCAUACCCAGACAUGGCUUGGACUUCCUCAUUGGUGUAGAGAGCCUUCUGAUACAGCAGACGGUGGAACUUAAUGAAUUAACCUCAAAGGUUGAUUCAGAAAACCGGUAUAUAGUGAGGAUACCGAAGGGUGAAGCGUUGUACAUUGCCAGCGAGACCUCAACGAAGACACAGCGAUGCUUGUGCGGCUCUGGCAGAGCAUUCACCAUGCACCUUCACGAUAACACGAGACAGGAAGCCAUGGUGCUGCAGAGGAGGCUGGCUGGAGCAUCAUGCUGCUUCCCAUGUAGAUUGCAGGAGAUGAAAGUAAUAACUCCGCCUGGCGACUACAUCGGACGCGUGCAGCAGCAGUGGACCUGGUUGGUGCCCUUCUACCUGGUGAGGGAUGUCAACGAUGUGGUCAUCUACGUCAUCGAAGGUCCCGCUAGCUUAUAUAGAAGCAACCUGAUACUCUCCGAAUUUAAAAUUUUAACUGGAGAUUCUCUGCGGCAAGUGGGCAAGAUAUCCCACAGUUGGGAUCGUGAGCUCGUUAGCUUCGUAACCAACGUCCGGUUUCCAGACGCCGCCGUACAACCGAAGCAUAAGGCUCUGCUCCUAGCCGCCUCAUUUCUAAUGGAGUACGCCUAUUUCGAGAGAGCGAAGAAUAGCUGUUGGCGAUGCAAUUUCUGCUAAUGCUAUUGGAUGUUCGGUGCAGCUUGUCAUAGUCUUCUAAAAUGUUAAUUUUUAUAACGUAUUUGUAUAUGUAACUUGUUUCUUAUGGAGUAUUUACGCUUAAUAAGGUUAAGAAUAUAAAACAAAUCUUAGCA